AUGAAUCGACACGAGAUCAGAUUGCCCGGUAGUUUGCUGGAUCAGAUUCGGUCAAAUGAAGAGAGCUCAGUGAAUGGAUCAGACGUUCGGGAUUUUACAAGCAAAAGAAAACGCCCUCAAGUCAAUAGAAAGGAUAAGAGAAGACAGCUUAGACAGGAUAAAAAAGAGAAACACAAACAAAAACAGAGAUCUGCAAAAGCAAACAGUCAAAGGUCAAAGAAGGUCGAUGAAGCGGAAACACUGCUGAAGAGCAGUUUAAAGGCAAAGUCUGAGAAUACAGAAAAGACCAAAAGUGUCAAAUUUGCAGACUUUGAUUCCGAUUCAAGCGUUUCAGAUGCAGCUGAUCUCUCUACUGAUAGCAGUCCACUAGAAAAAUUAAAGGCACUCAAGGCUGAAAAGAAUAUUAGUGGGCAAUCUACUGAAAGGGUCGUCAAUUUAAGUGAUCUGAGCGAUGAUGAGGUAUCUGAUUUAGGCGAUAGCUCUAAAGAGGAAGCUGAGGAAGAAAAUUUGAUUAAUGAUGAUGGGGAGGAGGAAGAAGACCCUUUGGCCCAAUUGGCAGCUUUGAAGGGCAAAUCCAGAUCAACUAAAACUACGAAAAGCACGGAGAGAAUCAUUUCUCUCAGCGAUUUGAGUGAUGAUGAGGUUUCUGACUUGGAUGGAGAUGAAGAUGAAGAUGAAGAUGGAGAUGAUGAAGAAGUCGAUGAAGAUCAACUAGAGCACUACGAAGAAGAAGAAGAAGAAGAAGAAGAAGAAGGAGACACGAACCAGAAGAAACAUAAAUCAAAGUCAAAAAAUGAAACCGUUCGCAUAUUGUCCCCUCAUGAAAGAGCCCUAAUAGAAAAGGAAGAAGAAGAAAUGAAGUACUACGCAAGGAAGCUUGGUCUUAAAGCUGAUUCUAAACUAAACAAGAAUGACGAAAAUGAUGCCAUCGGUGGAUUGCUAGACGGACUGGAUACCAUAUUUGAUGGCAGUCAAGAACAAAGUUCAGGAUCCGCUAGUGAAGAGCAGGAUGGUGAUGAUGAAGAAUUUGAUUCUGAUGAACGAAGGGAGUUGGCAGAAAUGGAAAAAAUUGAAACAUCCGAUAGUGCAGCAGAUUCAGACUCGGAUGAAGGCCCCCGAGUCAAAGAAAAUCCAUUUGUUGCACCUGUCUCCCAGUCAUCAAAAUACGUCCCCCCUGCCUUAAGACGAAAACAAACUCAAGACUCAGAACAAGUCCAAAAAAUCAUCAAACAGGUUAAAGGCCCGUUAAAUAAACUUACAGAGCAAAACAUGAUGACUAUAGUCAGUCAAUUACAACUUCUGUACAAUGAUAAUCCCAGGCAGGUUGUCACUGAGGUGAUUACAGACGUUAUUCUCAAAACUAUCAUGACGCCUGGGCGUUUACUGGAUGGAUUUGUACUGGUAUACAGUGGUUUAGUGAGCGCCAUUUAUAGAAAUAGGUAUGAGUUUGGUACUCAUAUCAUUCAGGUUGCUAUCACGAAGUUGGAGGAAUUUUUUCAGGGGACGUUAUCAGUUGAAAGCAAAGAAAUUGUUAACCUGACUUCAUUCAUUGGUUUUUUGUACAAUUUUAAUGUUUUUGGUUGUAAGCUCAUUUAUGACAUAAUCAGGGAAAGAUUAGUGACAGAUUCCAAUGAAGUGAAAGUUGAGCUUCUUCUGAAGCUCAUAAGAUGCUGCGGAUCCAAGUUGCGUUCUGAUGACAUCAGUUUAUUAAAAGAUAUACUCGAGCUUUUGAAUAAAGAUUUUGUCAACUCUAAGCAGUCUACAAGAGCAAAGUUCCUGAUUGAAACGAUGACCAAUUUGAAGAAUAAUAAAUUAAAGGGUUUUGAUGUCGAAAAUACUGCGCAAAUGAUUGUUCGGAUCAAAAAGGUACUACCUAUAGGGAAGAUAGUUGAACCUAUCCAGGUUUCGUUUGAUGAUAUAUUGCAUGUUGAAGACAGAGGUAAGUGGUGGUUAAUUGGAUCAGCUUGGAAAGGUACAGAUUCUACCUCAGUUGAAGGAGAUGAAACGCAAACAGAGAAGACAGUUGGGAAAUUUCAAGUCAAUGAUAGCUCAGACUUCAUGGUAGAUAGUGAACCUAACUGGCAAGAACUCGCUCGAACUCAGAGAAUGAAUACUGAUGUCAGAAGAGCCAUUUUCAUUAGCAUCGUUUCAGCCGAAGAUUAUGUUAAUGCGUUUGAAAAACUGGAAAAGCUCCGGCUCAAGAGACAACAGCAAAAGGAAAUACCCCAAAUCCUACUGCACUGUGUUACUAUGGAAGAUACAUACAAUCCAUUUUACGGAUUCCUUGCUAAAAAACUGUGUGAAGACCAUAUGAUGAGGAAAUCUUUUCAAUUCACUCUUUGGGACAUCCUUAAGGAUUUUGAGUCCCAUGAUGAUAAGGAUAAUGAUAGCGACACGGGAUUGGCAUUUUCUUUUCAUAAUGACGAGGAAAACAUAAACGAGGAGACUCAACUAAAGAGAGUAUUGAAUUUAGGACGUUUCUUUGGUUUUCUGUUCGGCCAAUCGUCAUUAGCCUUGCAUUUAUUGCGAAACGUCAACUUUUUGACUACUUUGGCAACUACCACUCUGUUUUUGGAAAUCAUGUUCAUUACUUUCCUAGAUCAACUAUGCCUGAAGAAGGAUCUACAAAAGCUGCAACAGGCGCUACAAAAUUGUAACGAACAACCAUUGCUAUUGAAAGGUCUCAAGUACUUUCUACCGGAAAAAGUCCAGAACAGUCAAUUAACCAAGGGAAGGAAACAGAAAGAAAGGAUUAAUUGGGGAGUGGAAAGAUGCGAAGAGAUUAUUGAUCAGUUACUCCCUGAAUGA